UAUUAUUCAAAGGUGCAGCCCAAAUCCUCGUUGUCUAUUCAUCAUAUUUUUAGUGCCGAAAAUACCAAUAUACUUUGGGAUAGGUUUCAACUAAGUUGUUGGAUAAACUGGCCGAUUGGUUAUUUUGUUAAUGCAGAUGACCUGCAUUAAUGAUAUUGCUUUAAGAGCGGGCGAUUGAAUGCAAAUUUAAAUUUCGUCAUGACCAAUACAUGGCUGUGAACUAUUAUAAAUACUCGACAUUACCAAAUGCACGAUGUAUUCUUCAGGUGAUACUUGGAGUUUGACAUAAACCGCGGGGCGUAUUUCUGACAAUUGGAUCAUUGCGAACAUCACUGCAAUUAUGAGGAUCGUAUUCGGUGGUGUCGCCUUUUUAGUCCUGUUCUGGGCGACAGAGUGCGUAAUUGAAAGAGUGGCAGUUGAUAACAUUGAAGGGUCUUUUGAGCUUUUGGAGCCGUGGCCAACAGCGUCACCCAAACCACAAGGUUGCUGCGACAACAGUUCAACUACGGUGUACCUCGGUGCUGGGAAGAUCGGAAGCGGAGUUGUUGAUAGUAUAACGUAUGGCGGGGUGGGGCAGGUCGUUGUAGCACCAGGCUCCAUCAGUCCCUUAGUUCCUUGCAGCCUCAGGGCGCUUCUGAAAGUAACCUUUGACAAGCUGCCGUCGUGCAUUGACGGCUGUUUGAGGUAUCCUCUUUGUGGCAAACGCAUGCUGCGAGUUGACCUUGAGCUCAGCCCUACCAACCGCUCUUACUUCAUGUUUGACAUCGGAGACAGUGUCAGCAACGACGGAUACGGUGGAGACUAUAGUGAUCAAACGAAUGAUGCUGAAAUUGACGCCGUCUUCCCGAAUGUCUACGUCAGACCGAGCGACCAUUGCCCAGACCCACCUCGGCUCCUUGCCACCUAUACGGAUGCCGUGAAACUGGGUUCCGUCAAUCGCAUCACCCUUUUCAUUAGCAACGAGCACAUUCGCAUCACCAACGACCAAGGCCUAAACCAGAUUUUGUGCCACAAAUGUCUGUUCGCCCUGAAUGGUCAGCCUGAUCCGAGCGUUGGGGGUGUGAACCAGGACAUCUACAUCGCCUUGAACCGAGUGAUCGCAGACCGAGCGGACCGCUAUGGGUUUGGCGUCUGUUCCGCUAGACUCUCAUGGGUGUGUCCUGAGAGUUACUAACGGCUUCAAGUCAUUACAGCGACAUUUUUUUAUCUCUUAAAUUAUGUCUCAAAAAAUUCGUAUCAAUUUUUACAACGCUUUGAUCCACGUUUUGUGA